AUGUCGAGCCCGAGGCUGUUCCCCGGUAGGCGGAGCCCGAGAGGCGUGCCCCCGAGGCCGCUCCCCGAGGCGGUGUCCUUGUCCAAUGCCGCUCCUGAGGCCGCUCCUGAGACCGCUCCCCGAGGCGGUGCCCGAUGCCGAGGUCGCUCCCCGAGGCGGGUCCUUGUCCACGCCGCUCCUGAGGCCAUUCCUGAGGCCGCUCCUGAGACCGCUCCCCGAGGCGCCACAAACCAGAGGCCCUUAGAGGUGACGAGGGAUGAAGUUCAUAAGAACAGAUGCCACGUGAAGUUCCACCUGAACUUUUCACCAGUGAGCAUUCCCUUACCGCCCGGUCGUCUUCACAACGUCACGGCAGUGAACUCACUGGGUCGGGCUUCCAGCGCCAUCAGCUUCGAGGAGUCUUCAAUAGUGAAACCUGACCCCCCUGAGAAGGUGGUGGCCAAACCCGUAGCCAACAAUGCACGAAGACUAGAGGUGACCUGGAACAGUCCCAGUACGUGGCCCGAUGUGGAGACCUUCCCGCUGAAGUACUUCCUGCGCUACCGGCCGCUUAUCCGAGACCAGUGGCAACACGUGGAGCUCUCUGACAGCACCUCCCACACCAUUACCGACGCCUACGCAGGGAAAGAGUACAUCAUCCAACUGGCGGCCAAGGACAUGGAGAUCGGCACUUGGAGCGACUGGAGCGUGGCAGUCCACGCCACCCCCUGGAUGGAGGAACCCAAGCCCAUCACCUCCACCACUGAGAGCGACAUUAUCCCAGAAACCACCCCUGGACCGCCUUCAGCCGCACCACGAGUGGGUGAACCCACAGCGGCCUGCUCCACCCUUCUCUGGUCAACCCACCUCCUCCUGGCCUGCGUCCUGUUGUCCAUCAUGUGAUGUGUAAGCUUCAUUCCUGUGGAAAAAAAAUGAGGAGUCUUCUAUUUCUAUUUUGCACAUGUUAAUAGAUAUCGUGCAUUGAUAAUUUAAUUCAAGUUCAUUUUCUCACGAAAGAAAAAAGACCUAGGAAGAUUAAUAAAUGCUUACAUUUACAAAAGGAAGACAAAAGAACAAUAAAACAUCUCAACAUCUCUGACGAUGACAGACCAGACACAGACACAGGAACCGAGCCCCAGGGGAGCAAAAGAUUUGGGGACACGAGACUCACCGGCCUGGCAGCACAAGAAGAAAACAAACAAAACAAAACAAAAUGCAUCCACCUCAUUUUCUUUUGUCACAAGGUUUUUCAGCCCAUUUCGAUUCUUCAAACUGUUCCAUGGACAGAAAAAGCUCAUUUUGUGUAACAUCGAUUUCCACGACAUACAGCUAACUCAUCAUGCCAAAGACUUGGACUGUUUUUCUUUUCUUUUUUUCCCAUGAUCCUUAGCUUCCCCAAGCCUGUGUCUGUAAGGGAUUGAAACUGGCAGUACAAAAUCUUCACGAGCUUCAAAGACUGAAGAGUAACACAUUUAUUUUGAAGGCCAUCAUUUGAUAUCUGUUGUAUUCUUUUUGUUUACCGCUUUUUCUUUUAUCAUUUUUUGGCCCCUGAACACAGAGAAGUUGAAACUGUAAAUAACAAAUUGGUUUGGACUGUUCUGGACCGCCUUUUGUAACAGGAAGAACAAUGUGUCAUGUCAGACCAUCUGAAGAUUAAGCACCGUUCGGAAACAUCUUUUCAUUCUUUGCCUAUUUGCCUUUCACCAUCUGUUUUUGCAGACUUUUCUAGUCAAUAUCACAGUUUAAUACUACCUUCUUCAAGAAAUAUCGUUUCGCUUUGUUUUGGUUAUCAAUGAAUAAAAUAUAAUUUUAGAACCUUAGAACCUUAUUGUUUAUUUGUUUGUGCUUUGCUUUUUAUCUUCUCCCUCUUUCUUUUCAAACCUUCAUAACUGCUUAAUUCUCCUUGAUCAUAUUUUGUAAACUAUGAUAUGUAUCUUUAACAUGAGAAAAGUUUAUUAUUUAAUAAUGUAUGUAUUAGCUUUAGAUUCUUGUAACCUGUAUCUGGGUUCUUUUUAUAGAUGUAUAUAAAAUGAGAAGUUGUUCAUUAAAUGUGACCAUUUCACAAUGA